GCUGCUUUUUGCAGGACAGAGAAAUGGCAGCGCCCCCCCCUCAAAGCGCAUGUCCCCCUGCGCGCCACACUGUGCCAUCUGGGACUGACCUCACACUCUCCCGUGCCGUGUCACAACUUGUUUGCUGCACCCAAAAAAAAAAAAAAAAUCCACUGCUGAAGAUAAGCAGUCUCCAAAGAAUCCUUCAAACUGCCCCCCCCCCCGACCGCAUGAACAAAUAGGGGGCGACUCUUAAACCGUCUCCCCAUUGAUAUUCUCAUCCAGUUCAACAGCUUUCAACCCAGUUCAAAGCGGCUAUAGAGAAACCAGAGUCAGUAGCGUUAUGCUUUAAUUUACACAACAUUAAUUUCGUAAUGCAGUUGCGAUGAGGCAGAGCAUCUCCACGACUGAUCUUGCGUUAAGCAACUGCGCCUUUGUUCAGCUGUCUAAACCUUCUGAGAGUUGAGGCGCUCUCCCAGGUUGGUGCGCUUAUCCGCAGCGAGCGCUUUUGUCAGCUGAAAAUAUUGUUGCCAUGCUGAAGAUUUUACUCGAGUAACAGGUAGAUUUUAAACUUUGUGUCUAAUUCCCUCUUUUCACGCGCGCCAGAGCAGAUCACCUGUCAUCCUAUCAGACUCAUAAACCUCGCCUUUUUUCCCCCUAGAUUGGUGGUUAAAUUGAUGAUAUUUCUCUUCCACACUUGAUGCUUAAGAAAGUCAAACGCCCUUUUCCCACCAGUACACCGAAGUGGAAGUCAGUUGCAUUUGUUUUAAGCGCGUUUUGGGGAAUGUGACUUUUGAACCUCCAAGAUCCAGCGGCUCGUCGUUAGACUGGGGUUGUGCAGCAGCAGCAGCAGCAGCACCACGGACAGCUCCUGGCACGCGGGCUCAAACUUCAGCCAGCGACACUCGCCUCCUUCAUUCAUCCUGCUCCAGUGCAGUUCACAGCUACGCUGAUUUUAGGCUUAAAAAAAAACAACAAAUCAACACUGCUGCAAAGGAUGCUGCUGCGCUGGGUUUACACAGUCCGCUCAUCCCACAGCAGCGCUGGAAACUGAGGAUCCCUGCACAGGCUGUAAUCUACAAAAACUCUGAAGAAGAGAAGGACGGCGAGGAUGGCAGUGAUCCUGUAAAUGGCCUCUGUCAGAAUAAAAACACUGGUGCUUUGAGAUCUGGUGCUGCUGCGCCUUACUGUUCUUCUCUUCAGAGCAGCCGUCAUCAAAAGCUGACCAGACGCUGACCAGAACCCACAGGCAGGACAGUGACCUUGUUUUGCCCAGGGAUAUGUCAUUGGGGAAAUCCCCUGUGUUGGGGGUGCGCCCUCUGCCCCGACCACUCUGGCUGUCCCACCUCAGCCUGCUGUGCUUAUGUGUGUCUCUCUUUGCCCAGGCUCCCCAGGGUUUGCCUGUGGUAGGUUAUAACACUGACUCCAAGAGGGAGAUCACACUGGAUGGAGAUUUGAUGAUAGGCGGCCUGUUCCCUGUGCACCAGAAGGGUGAGGGUGCAGAGGACUGUGGGAAGAUCAAUGCUCAGAGAGGGAUCCAGAGACUGGAGGCCAUGCUGCUGGCACUAGAUGAAAUCAACAAAGAUGAGCGCAUCCUGCCUGGCAUCAGACUGGGAGCUCAUAUACUGGACACUUGCUCUAAGGACACCUACGCUCUAGAGCAGUCUCUGGAGUUUGUCAGGGCCUCCCUCACCAAAGUGGAUGACAGUGAGUACACGUGCCCCGAUGGCUCCUAUGCCAUCCACGACGACGUCCCUCUGGCUAUCUCUGGGGUCAUAGGAGGCUCCUACAGUGAUGUCUCCAUCCAGGUGGCCAACCUGCUGCGACUCUUCCAAAUCCCUCAGAUCAGCUAUGCUUCCACCAGUGCCAAGCUCAGCGACAAGACCCGCUAUGAUUACUUCGCCCGCACCGUGCCCCCUGACUUCUACCAGGCCAAGGCCAUGGCAGAGAUCCUGCGUUACUUCAACUGGACGUACGUGUCUACAGUGGCAUCAGAAGGUGACUAUGGUGAGACUGGGAUUGAUGCCUUCCAGCAGGAGGCUCGAGCCCGCCAGAUCUGCAUUGCCACUUCGGCCAAGGUGAGCCGCUCCAUGAGCCGCUGGAGUUAUGAGAACGUGAUCCGCUCCCUUCAGCAGAAGUCCAACGCCAAGGUGGUCAUCCUGUUCACGCGCAGCGAAGACGCCCGUGAGCUGCUGGUGGCAGCCAAUCGCAUGAACGUCACCUUCACCUGGGUGGCCAGUGAUGGCUGGGGAGCGCAAGAGAGUGUGGUUAGGGGAAGUGAAGCUGUGGCAGAUGGGGCAUUCACCAUUGAACUGGCCUCCUAUCAAAUCCCCCAGUUUAACGAGUACUUCACUGCUCUGCACCCGUACAACAACACCAGGAAUCCCUGGUUCAGAGAGUUUUGGGAAAACCAGUUCCAGUGCAGCCUCCAUGAUCUGGGCUGUGGGAAGCAGUCACUCCGUGAGGUUCCAUUUCAGCCAGAAUCCAAGAUCAUGUUUGUAGUGAAUGCUGUCUAUGCAAUGGCUACUGCCUUACAUAACAUGAGGCAGGCCUUAUGUCCCAACUCCACCAAGGUGUGCGAUGCUCUUAAACCAGGCAAUGGCAGAAAGUUUUACAGGGACUACAUUCUCAAGGUCAAGUUUGAAGCACCAUUUCGUCCACCAGACACAGAGAAUGUGGUCCGCUUUGAUGCCUUUGGAGACAGCCUGGGCCGUUACAAUAUUUUCCACUAUCACAAAGAGGGUGGACGCUACGUCUACCGUAAGGUUGGCUACUGGGCUCAGAGCCUAACCCUGAACACCAGCCUGAUCCCGUGGGCCGGCCAGGUAGCCCCCACCUCCCAGUGUAGUGACCCCUGCAGGAAGAACGAAGUGAAGAGUAUGCAGCCAGGAGAUGUGUGCUGCUGGAUCUGUAUCCCCUGUCAGCCCUACCAGUAUUUGCAGGAUGAGUUCACCUGUGCUGACUGCAGCUUUGGACAGUGGCCCCUGGCCAACUUGACAGGCUGUUACGACCUGCCUGAGGAGUACAUCCGCUGGGAAGAUGCCUGGGCGAUUGGACCUGUCACCAUUUCCUGUCUAGGGAUGAUGUGUACGCUCUUUGUCAUUGGCCUCUUCCUUAAACACAAUGAGACACCUGUAGUGAAAGCCAGUGGACGUGAGCUCUCCUACAUUCUUCUGCUGGGAGUGCUGAUGUGUUAUAGCAUGACCUUCAUCUAUAUCGCCAAACCUUCCACAGCAGUGUGUACGCUGCGCCGGCUAGGCUUAGGCACCUCCUUUGCUGUGUGCUACUCAGCCCUCCUAACCAAGACCAAUCGCAUCGCUCGGAUCUUCAGCGGGGUGAAGGACGGAGCCCAGCGGCCUCGGUUUAUUAGCCCGGCCUCCCAGGUUGCCAUCUGUGGUGCUCUGAUCUCCUGCCAGCUGGUGGUGGUGGUGGUCUGGCUGCUGGUGGAGGCCCCAGGUGUGAGAAAGGAAGUGAGCCCGGAGAGGAGAGACGUGGUCACCCUCAAGUGUAACAGCAAGGACUCCAGUAUGCUCAUGUCUCUCACCUACAACUGCAUCCUCAUUAUUCUCUGCACAGUCUACGCCUUCAAGACCCGCAAAUGCCCCGAGAACUUCAAUGAGGCAAAGUUCAUCGGGUUCACCAUGUACACCACCUGCAUCAUCUGGCUGGCUUUCCAGCCCAUUUUCUACGUUACUGCCAGUGAUUACAGGGUGCAGACCACCACCAUGUGCAUCUCUGUCAGUCUGAGUGGGUCGGUGGUGCUGGGCUGCCUUUUCGCUCCCAAGGUCCACAUCAUCCUGUUUCAGCCACAGAAGAAUGUCAGCACCCUCAGGGUGGCUACCACCCGCUUCAGUGUCACCACUGGCCCAGGCUCCAGUUUCUCUCAAGCAUCAGCAUCCAAUGUUGUUCCAACAGUGUGUAACGGACGAGAGGUGGUGGACUCCACAACGUCCUCCUUGUGAAGAUUGACUGAGUUCCUUUGCCAAGCAUUGUAAACAGAGUUAUAUAAUCACUAGUCCUGAAUCAGGUGUCUCCGAUAUUAAAGAGGUCACACAGACGAUUGUCCUGACUUAGUUGUCCUCAAAGUGCUGUGAGUACAAUGUCCCAAUUAUUUUACUUUGUUCUUUGACUCGUAGCGAUUUUAAAUGAGAUGCCAAUAAAGUCGCAUAUAGCCCUUGUUUUUAUUGAAGAUUCUACUUGCAACAAUGAAGUAAAUUAUAGUAAAUCUGUUAAAUGUAAUAUAUACAAGACGUUUUUAAUGUAGAUUUUGGUGAACCAGUUUGUGCUUUCUUGUAAUUUAUGUAAAUAAAAUGUGUUUUUUAUUAAUACCAAAAUGA